UGCAACCAUUUCUAAAAUGCUGCCUGCUCUUUUGGUUCUAUUUUGUGUAGCAGUUACGCAUGCGGGUAGAUCGCCGAACGCUGAUUAUGUUGACGACUUGAUAAGAAACAACAAAUUUGGACGAAUUUCGGACAGCGUUGUAGAAGAUGCUUUACUGGAUGUUCCUGAUCUCGCGGUGAAGUACAGAUAUCCACUAGAGGAACACACGGUCGUCACUCCCGAUGGAUACAUUUUGCAGAUGCAUCGUAUUCCUUAUGGCCGAGACAACAACAAUGAGCCUGGAGACAAACCCGUCGUAUUUGUUAUGCACGGGCUGUGGGGAUCAUCUGCCGACUUUAUUCUAAUGGGCCCGGGUUCAGGAUUGGCGUAUCUACUAGCUGAAGAGGGAUAUGAUGUAUGGAUGGGUAACGCUCGUGGAAACUAUUACUCCCGAAGACAUGAAUGGUUACGGCCUGAUGCACUAUUGAAUACUGCCUUUUGGAAUUUCUCUUGGGAUGAAAUUGGACACAUUGAUUUACCAUCGAUGAUAGACUAUACACUGGAAUAUACUGGCAAGCAACAAUUGCAUUACAUUGGUUUCUCUCAGGGCACUACGUCGUUCUUUGUGAUGGGAUCGCUCCGGCCUGAAUAUAAUGACAAAAUCAUUUCAAUGCACGCCCUAGCGCCUGUAGCGUACAUGGCCAACAUUCCAAGUCUGUUAUUCAGAGCACUGGCUCCAUUUGCUACACAAAUUGCGGAUGUAACCAAUCUGCUUGGUAUUGGUGAACUUUUGUCACACAGUGCUUUUUACACAUGGGCUGGCCAAACUUUAUGUACCGACGAGGCAGUAUUCCAACCAGUCUGUAGCAAUAUUCUAUUCCUACUCAGUGGAUAUAGUCCGGACCAACUAAACACGACUAUGCUGCCAGUGAUAUUUGGUCACUUUCCCGCAGGAUCCUCCAUCAGACAGUUUACUCAUUACUUGCAAGGAAUAUCACAGAAGGGAUUCCGGCGUUACAACUUUGGCUUGCUGAGAAAUCAAAAUAUUUAUGGAAGUAUCAGUCCACCAGAUUAUAACUUGGGCAAAAUUACUGCGCCCGUUUUUCUAUACUAUUCAGAGAAUGACGCGUUAUCCGGCGUACUCGAUGUUGAGAGAUUGUACAAUGAACUACCGUUUGCAGAGAAGUUUCUGAACGCGGACAGUAACUACGGUCAUAUCGAUUAUCUGUACGGAAUAAAUGCAACGUCUUUAGUGUACGACUAUGUUAUUAAUAAAAUCACGUCACUGGAAAAUCAAAAUAAAUAAUUUGGAUUCAACUGUUACUGUUACAAUUUAUGCAAUAAAGAUUUUCUUGUUGUUUAUA